AAUGCUGUUCGACGGGGGGACAAUACCUCAGUCCGGGGUAUGCAGUCUGUCGCACAAACCGACCGGGAUACCAUUACCCGUUUGCUAUACUCUAUUGGUAGCAAGCGGGAAGUUGAACGUCAUCUCCGUAUCUUUUCAUCGGCGUCAAACCCUUCCCAGCCUGCCAAGUUUGCAGUCAUCAAAGUUGGAGGGGCUGUCCUUUCACACUUGGACGAAUUAGCUCUUAGUUUGAGCUUCCUCUACCAAGUGGGGCUCUACCCGGUGGUACUCCAUGGUGUUAGACCCCAGAUCAACGAGAAAGUGGAGGAGGACGGCGUCGUUCCAGACUACAUCGACGGCAUACGGGUUACUGAUGCCAAGACUCUCCAAAUCGCACGAGAAGUAUUCUUGGAAAAGAAUUUGAAUCUCGUGACUGCACUGGAGAAGCUCGGGACCCGUGCCCGCCCCAUCACUUCGGGUGUCUUCACCGCUGAAUACCUGGACAAGAAGACGUACAAACUUGUUGGGAAGAUUACGAAGGUUGACAAGCGGCCCAUAGAGGCUUCUAUUCGUGCUGGAGCUCUCCCUAUCCUUACCAGUCUAGCGGAGUCCGCUGACGGUCAAAUUCUCAACGUCAAUGCUGACAUCGCCGCGGCCGAGUUAGCCAAGGAGCUUCGGCCCAUGAAAAUUGUCUUUUUGAACAACGACGGUGGCUUGUUCCAUGGCGUCACUGGGAAAAAAAUAGAUGUCAUUAAUCUAGACGAGGAAUACGACACAUUGAUGAAGGAGCCCUGGGUUAAGUAUGAUACCAAACUCAAGCUGAGGGAGUUCAAAGAACUCCUUUAUCACCUCCCUCGCUCAUCCUCCGUGGCUGUCAUCUCAGCUUCUUCUCUUCACAAGGAGUUGUUCACGGAUAGUGGUGCUGGGACCCUUAUUCGACGAGGGUACAAACUCUUCAAACACGAUGAUAUCGAGAAGAUUGGUGCAGAUCGUUUCCGUCAGGUUGUUCACGAUCGUGAUCCAGAAGUUCUUGCUGGAUUCCAGAGCGUCGCUGGUGUUCUCAGCGAUCUGAGGAAGACUCCAUACAGCGUGUAUGGAGAUGAGCCUUUGGAUGUCGUGGCAAUCGUCUCCCAUCCUGAGGGCGAAGUUCCUGUCAUGACCAAAAUGCUCUCAUCUCGAGGCGGGGUCUGGAGCGACGUCGUGGACAACGUAUUCACUGCCAUCAAAAGAGAUCAUCGCAAGCUAUUCUGGACUGCACCACAUGAGGAUGAAAACCGGGUGUGGCACUUCGAGCGCGCUGAUGGAAGCUUCACCAGGGCAGGAAAGAGCCUGUUCUGGUAUGGGGUGCAGGAUGUCGCGGAGGUCGAGAAAACCAUCAAGGACUUUGAAGCAAAAGGAAGGAUUGAGCGAUCCUUCCUUCCAGUUGGGCCAUCAGCGCCUCCUCUUCGAUUAGUCACCAUUCCAGCGGGCGCUCGUGCAUCCUCCACGAUGGCUAGACGCUCCAUGAGUAAUAGCCCUGGCUUAUCUCGAGGGUACGCUCCAGCAGUUGCGCCGACUUCUUCAACGGAGCUCAAGCUCGGGGCUCGCGGGUUCAUUGGGCAAGCCCUCACAACUCACCUCUCCGCGCACCCCCACCUUCACCUCAGCCAUGUAUCCUCCAGGCAGCUCGGUGGAUGCCCUCUUGGUGGAUAUAUUAAGAACCCAGUUACUUACUCCAACCUCUCUCCUCAGGAUGUUGAGAGUCUCGAGACGUCAGGUGAGGUUGAUGCUUGGGUAAUGGCGCUACCGACUGGCGUUCGCAAUACCUGUGUGGAUGCCGUUGGCUGUGGCGCCAAGAGUCGCAAGACAGCGGAGUGUAGCGUCGUGGUUGACCUCGGCGCGGAUCACAGGUCUGAGAAGGGGUGGACGUACGGUCUUCUGGGUGAG